AUGGCCUCGAGCGACAAAGCUGUCGUCGAGGAAGUCCCCCUCGGGACGACCGCAAAGCCCAGCUUCUGGACUCGAGUGAAGGCGCACUAUAAGAAAUGGUGGUGGGCGCACCUCAUCGGUCUGAUCGUGGUUGUCCUGGUCGUUGUGCUUCCAGUUGUCUAUGUCGGGUACCCCAACAUCGCCCAGGGCGACAUCAACGACUCGACUCUCGACGUCGAGUCCAUGGAAAUCAGCGACCCUGCCCCCGAUGGGUUCCAUCUUCACCAGAGACAGGUUAUCGGAAGCGAUAGCAUGUUCCACCCCAAGAUCUUCGAGUUCGACGCCGAAGUUAGCCUCCUGGGCGGCCCUGUGUUUGCGACGGCCGAUGUUCCCGAAGUCAAGGCCGAUGAUGGCGCCGUGGUGAUCGUUGACCAGUGGCUCAACUUGACUGAUGCCGGCGCAUUCGGGGACUUUGCAACCGCGGUGAUGCUGAAUGAGGAGUUUGAGAUGAACAUCUACGGUGAGCCACGGUUGAAACAGGGAAGUCUGCCGACGAUUCAUGUCGACUACAACAAGACCGUCACUAUGAAGGGUCUCAACAAACUUGACGGCUUCAAGAUCGUGUCGCUGACCCCGGUCGAUGACCGUACCGAUGGCAACACCGCCGAGGGCACUGUCUACAUCCCCAACCCGUCCGUGUUGCAAUUAGACAUGGGCAACCUGACCCUGGACGUCUCGCUCCAAAAUGGAACCGUCCUUGGUCAAUCGUUCCUCAACGACUUGGUGCUCAAACCCGGCAACAACACCGUGCCAAUGCUCGCCAACAUGGACAUGCAAGCGUUUUUCGCCAUGGUCCUAGCAGGGGAGAGGGAAAUUCCUCUGCGCAUCACCGGCAACUCCAGUGUAUACAAUGGGCAAGAGAUUCCAUACUUCACUCAAGCCCUGGCGGCCAACGUGCUCAACACAACCCUGAACCUCACCGAAGUCCUCGCAUGA